AUGGCUCCUCCGACUGAUGAAAUGACGACUUCUGCACCUGCAGACCAUGGCCACGAAAGGGUCGCCGUUGUUGGCGAUACCCAAGCCCACGAAAGGGGUGCGGUGACCGACGAAAGGAUCCUCACAAUGCUGGCUGCACUCAAGGAUCGCAUGCAAGCGCUCAAGGCGUCGCAGAUGCAGAUCGACGAGGACGAGCGACUGCGAGGCGCGAUCGACAGUGCCUUUUUUGCGUCAGCGCUGGGACGCGGCAUGGGCGUUCGGUCCACAGUAUGUCGGUCCGCGACAGCCAUCGGGCGCUGCUCGACCACAGCGCCGCGCUAUGCGCCAGUGUCGCCUCCAUAUUUUGAAGACGUUAAUGCGCCUGUAACACAAAUGCAGCAGGUACCGACGCAGGAGUUGCCGUUGCGUGUCCUGGAUGCACGCCAACGUAAGCUUGCUAUUCGCAAGUUUGAUGGUGGAGAACUGUGCCAGGGUCUCGGAUCGGGUUUUGCUGACUGGGGUCGCACGUUCUUGCGCUAA